GACCCGGUCGCGGGGAGCGGAGCGCCCGGCCGGGCGAGGUGAGGGCCGGAGGCUUUGCGGCCGGCCAAGUUUCGGCGGCUUCCGGCUGUGCAGCGAUCGGGAGCUGGGCUCCAGCCCUGAGGACCGGGGACGCUCCGAUCGGCGCGGGCCCUCUGUCGCCGUCUCGCGUCCUCUUGCCUGGAAACGUGUUUAAGCUUUUAAAAUGUCAUCUAUCAAGCACCUAGUUUAUGCAGUUAUUCGUUUCUUACGGGAACAAAGUCAAAUGGAUGCUUAUUCUUCGGAUGAACAAGAAAGUUUGGAAGUUGCAAUUCAGUGCUUGGAGACAGUUUUUAAAAUCAGCCCAGAGGACACCCAUCUAGCAGUUUCACAGUCUUUGACAGAAAUGUUCACAAAUUCCUUCUGUAAGAAUGACAUUCUGCCUCUCUCAAAUUCAGUGCCUGAAGAUGUGGGAAAGGCUGACCAACUAAAAGAUGAAGGCAAUAACCAUAUGAAAGAAGAAAAUUAUGCUGCUGCUGUGGAUUGUUACACACAGGCAAUAGAAUUGGAUCCAAAUAAUGCGGUUUAUUACUGCAACAGGGCUGCUGCUCAGAGUAAAUUAGGUCACUACACAGAUGCAAUAAAGGAUUGUGAAAAAGCAAUAGCAAUUGAUUCAAAGUACAGCAAGGCCUAUGGGAGAAUGGGGCUGGCCCUCACUGCCAUAAAUAAAUUUGAAGAAGCAGUUACAAGUUAUCAAAAGGCAUUAGAUCUUGACCCUGAGAAUGAUUCCUAUAAGUCAAAUCUGAAAAUAGCAGAACAGAAGUUAAGAGAGGUAUCCAGUCCUACAGGGACUGGACUGAGCUUUGACAUGGCUAGCUUAAUAAAUAAUCCAGCCUUCAUUAGUAUGGCAGCAAGUUUAAUGCAGAAUCCUCAAGUUCAACAGCUAAUGUCAGGAAUGAUGACAAAUGCCAUUGGGGGACCUGCUGCUGGAGUUGGGGGCCUAACUGACCUGUCUAGCCUCAUCCAAGCGGGACAGCAGUUUGCUCAGCAGAUACAGCAACAGAAUCCUGAACUUAUAGAGCAGCUUAGAAAUCACAUCCGGAGCCGAUCAUUCAGCAGCAGCGCUGAAGAACAUUCCUGACUUGAUCACGGACCCUAGCCCAGAUUGCAAAUGGUUAUGGCUCUGAAGUGUUUGCUGCAGAUAGUGGCCCCAAACAAACAAAAAAACAAAAAAACUAAAUAAAUCUGUCUAGAGUAUAGGUUUAUCAUGAACAGACUUGAACAUAACAUGACUCCUUUGUAAAUGAUCAGUAACCUUGACAAAUGCUAAUAUAGCACUUGACAGGGUCCAUUUUCAAACCAUUAUCGUAUUUGUAUAUUAGACUUAUUAGCAGAGUAUAUUUAUUGAACAGUAGGGCUGUGUAUUGGUAAGUUCUCUAGCUCCACAUUCUUAAGCAAACUUUUUUGAAAGGAGAGAUGACCAAGAGGAAAGGUUUCUCAUGCUGGGUUAGAAAUGUUCUUGCCACUGAACAGCAUGCCAGAGAGAAAUUCGUUUUCUAGGUUUAGCUUUGAUAGUGCUAUCAGUAAUAAUGUAAGGACUGGUACUGUCUUUAAUGCGGCUUGUUCUGAUGGGUUACAGGAAAUCUUAAGAGCUGGUGGAAAGCAGCAUGUGGUAAAAGAGCGGUUAUUUUGAAAAGAAGAAAUAGAUGCUGUGAAUGUAUAGAAAGUGAAGGUAGGAUGCUCAGGUUUUCAGCAUAGUUAAUCUUGCUUGCAAUUUGGUACUGGUAACAUCAGCAUGGCCAGUUAUGCAAAGUACAUAAUAAAAUACAUUUAGAAAUCCUUAAUGGUACUGUAGGUCAGUUGUAUAGCUAUUCAACUUAACUAGCACAAUUUCCCCAGUGGUAACUUUACCAUGAAAACUCAAAUAUAUCUAUGUUUAAAUAAGGCAAUGGCUUGGCCCUUACCUUAAGGAUUUUCUAAGUGGCAUUUAAGUAAGUUGCUAUAAACACUGAUUUUUAAAAAACAAACUGAUUUUUUGAUGGAUUUCAAAAGCAUCACUGAUAUUGCUUGUUCAUGCAAUCCUCUGCUGUAAUUUUGCUUGGCAUGUCGCUUUUAUGCUUAACCUUAAUUUGAUGCAACUUAGAGAGCAGGGGACAAAAUAUUUCAUUGAAAUUAGAAUACAUGUUAGUGGAGAGAAGUGGCAUUAAGUAUUACUGGCAUGGCUCUAACUACAGUGAUGGAUGACACUGUUCUAAUUGCAACUGGAAUUUCUCUUGUUAAUUAUGAAAUUGAUAAGGUUGGGUGGAUAUGUAAUGAUUUAACAAGUGUUCGGAGAGAAAACAGAAAGGAAAUCAUAUAAAAUUAAAUUAGCAAUACUGAUGAUGAUCAGGGUCUUACUAUAACUGUUCUUAAAAGACUAAUUACAACUAGUGGGUAUCUUGAAGUUUAAAAACCAACUCUUCCUUUCUUUCUUUGCCUUUGUGAGAUUAGAAAUGUUUCAAUAAUUCCACUUUAAGAAUCACCUGGGGAAUUCAUUGCAAGUGCAGAUUCAGGGCCACACUUUCAAUUUUUAUUUAGAUCCUGUAAUAAAUCCUACGAAUUACCAUUUUAAACAGAACAGUAGGUGGUUCCACUAUAGGUGCAAGGACUCUUAAUUCAGAGCAACACUAGGUUAGAGAGUUCUCCUCAGUUUGAUUAGCAAAUACAUAAUUACGUGAACUCAGACUACAACAAAGAUUUGUAUGAACCUACAGUUCUGGCCAGAGAACAGCAGGACUUAAAUCCUAGGCUCUCUGACUUAAAUCUCCUAUAUUCUAUCUAAACCAACUUAAUUUGUCAUGAAGUUAGAUUUAUCUCCUAAGGUUUAAGUUUAUAUAGAAUGAAGUACUAACUAAUCACAUGAAAGUGAUGACUGUGAUGAAAAAAAAGCAGAGUUGAUCCUUAAGUAAAAAUUAGUCACUCUUAUCCAUUGUUGAGUGAGAAAAAGUUUCGAACAUAACUAUCUUCAGUGCAUUAAAAAUGCUUUCAGGUUAAUAAAAUUGGCAAGACUCUACCUAGCUGGCUAGGAAAACAGAGAAAACAAAUCAACAGUAUCAAGUGAAAUGGUAUAUUACUACAGCCCCUAUACACAUUAAAAAGAUAUUUAGAAACACUAUAAUUAACUCUACAUCUAUAUGUUUGACAUCUUAAACAAAUUCCUUGUAAGAUACAAACUGCCGAAGCUCACUGAAGAAAUAGAUAUAACCUCUAAAAAGAAAGCUACAAGCCCAGUCAAUUAACAAUGAAUUCUAUGAAACAUUUAAGGGAGAAAGAGUAUCAGUUCUACAGUUUCUUCCAGGAAAUAGAAGAGAAGAAAAUACUUAUUUUUGGUUAUUACUCUGAUACCCAAAUCAGACAAGGCCAUCAUAAGAAAAAAUGCUUUAAAACAAUGUCUUGAUUUACUAAUAUCUGUAGUUAAGAUAGCCAUUCUUUUUACACAAAGUAACGGGAAUUGGUGUAUUUCUUCCAUUUCCAUUAUCUAGCUUUUUUGCUAACAUAUCACCCAUAACAAAUCCAAUCUAGAGAUCUGUUCCAUAUACUUGGGUUUCUGUUCUAUUUAAGCCAUUUUUGCUCUCCAAGUACAUUCACGAUUUUGAAAUCUCUGUAUUGCAACAUAUUUCAAGAAAGUUGUAUGUAGUUGAAUUGUGCUGGAUACUCUUAAAAUUACAAGGAAUGCUCCAAAUAUUAUACUUGUCUGGAACAAAAGGGCAUUAAAAUGAAUCUUUAUACACAUUCUACUUAGGAAUGAUUUCCAUCAACCACAUUUCAUUGUAGUAGCUGUAGCUGUUAUGAUGCUAUGUAAAACUUAAAGCAUCCUUUUUAUGCAAAUGACAUUUUGAUUUAAUGUAUUAAACUGUUUAUCUAAUUUUUAUAA